AGCGUGUGCAUGUGCAUCAGAGAGUCGCUCACCUUCACCUCCUCCCUCCCUCGAGCGCGAGUGCAUGUGUGACAGAGAGAGGCUUGACGCGGUCAUUGGUGCGUCCCGUAAACGUGUCACAACUUUUGAUGGAUUACCCCACUUCUGAGUGCUCAGGUGCGGCUCACUUCUCUCCGUCCACUCACUAGUGCGCGUCUCUCCAAACCUGCCCCGAACAGAGUCAAAGUAAAGUCAACAUGCUCUCAGAGUCGUUCUCGUGGCUGCACCUGUGCAGUUUCGUGUCCGCGGUGCUGUCCACGCUGGUGGUGCUGAGCGCGCUCACGGUGAAGGGAACGAGCGCGGCCACCACGGGCUGCCCGACGUGCGGCAUGCCGGCGAUGGAGAAGGGCGCGGAGGAACGUUACCUGGUCGAGAUAGCCAAACAGCAGAUUCUGAACAAGCUUCACCUGCGGGAGAGGCCGAACAUCACGCAGACGGUGCCGCGGGCCGCGCUCAUGACGGCGCUGAGGAAGCUGCACGCGGGCCGCCUCAGACAGGACGGAACCCUGGAACUGGACAACAACUUACCGAACUCGCGCACGAGUAACCAGGCAUACGAGAUAGUCAGCUUCGCUGAUGUCGAUGACGAGGUUUCAGGCGGUUUCAACACCAGUCUGUCAUUCCAGUUCCUGCAGGAGAAAGGUCACAGCGUGCAGGUGCUGCAGUCGUCUCUGUGGCUGUACGUACGGCCGGCUGACGGCCCUCAUCCAGGUGGGCGCGUGAAUGCCGAAAUAUACCUGUCGACCGCCGCCAAUCGUACUCUGCUGCUCCAGAGGAGCGUGGAGGUGUCGCGGGGCGGCUGGCACACCUUCCCCGUCACCGCCGCCCUGCAGGCCUUCCUGGACGGAGGUCAGCGGCGUCUCCGUCUAGAGGUGCACUGCGAAGACGGAGGACGCAACCUGUGUAGCCGCGACGCCUCCGGCGAGCACCAGCCCUUCCUGGUGGCGCAGGUGCGUUUGCGUGAAGAUGCCUCCACACACGCCCUGAGCAAGCGCUCGCUGCGGUGCGGCGACGACGUGAGCGUGUGCUGCAAGAAAGACUUGUACAUCAAGUUCCGCGACAUACAGUGGCAGGACUGGAUCAUUGCGCCGGAGGGCUACCACAUGAACUACUGCAUGGGACAGUGUCCGCAGCAUUUGUCCGGGUCGCCCGGCAUCGCCUCCUCGUUUCACGCCACCGUCUUCAGCCAGCUGAAGGCCAACGGCAUCCAAACGGCAGUGUCGUCCUGCUGCGUGCCCAUCCAGAGACGCCCGCUCUCCAUGGUCUACUUCAACUCUCAGCACACCAUCGUAAAGACUGACGUCCCGGACAUGAUCGUCGAGUCCUGCGGGUGCACAUAGAGAACAAUCACAGGACACAACAAACUUUCCAUGCAUUAGCAGUACACUUAUUUAUCUGCUUUAUCAUGAGAGGUGAAACACCUUCUAAUCAAGGCUUUCUGUCUAAGCAAAGCAUAUGCAUUAUAGGUUUUUAUGAGCCCUGGUAUUGCGUAUCUAUAGCACGAGUUCAUGCUUUCAUUUUGCGUGCUUUUUAUACGCAGAAAUUACCUUUUGCAUGCAUAUAAUACACAUUUUUUACAUGCAUAUAAUACGCACUUUUUGCGUGCAUAUGAUGAAAUCUACACACCCAACCAAUUCUACUCAACGAGUAACUUUUGCGUAUCAGAUGCACGUAAAAGAUUACUUUUGUGUAUAAAGAGCACACAACAUGAAAACAUAAACUCGUGCAAUAGAUACGCAGCACCAGGAGAUCGGGCAGGUUUUUAUAGAUGUUCAAAUACUCAGGGAAAUCAAAGCACACUGGCCUGACUCGGCACGGUUACCCAACAUGACGGGUAAACAUUUAGAUAUUGCCACACGUUCCAGAAAAGGUCUGACAGUAGAUGAAAGUAGCACUGCAAAAAAAAAUGAUUCUCGCUUUGUAUUUUUGUCUUGUUUUCCAGUACAACUCUAAACAUUCUUAAAUCAAGAUACAUUUACUGGAGAAGCAAAACGACUGAAGACAAAAUUAAGUGAGUUUGUGCUUUAAACAAGGAAAAAAAUCUGCCAAUGGGGUCAGAAAAUGAAUCUUUUUUUCCCUUUGAAUUAAAUUUAUUUUUCUGAUCUCAUUUUGCUUCUCAAGUAAAUGUAUCUUGAUUAAGGAAUGUUUCGAUUCUCAAAAACACUGAGAAAGAUUUUUUUUUGCAAGCAAUGCAGUAUCUGAUGAAUGUUUCUCUCAUAAUAGCUCACUUUUGACUGUUUACGCUAAGCACCAGCAAAUGCAACUAAACAUAUGUAGUACUGGCUUUCUUUUCAAGCUGCUUAUUCAGUUCAAACAGAUACACUUACUUUUUUUUAUAAUAUUAAUAAUAAUAAUAAUGUUUUAUUUAUAUAGCGCCUUUGCAAAAGCUGUACAAUUAAUGUACGAUAAUCUACAAACAGUACAAUCUUCUACAUUGUACAUGUUACAAGUGUAUUUUUGCCAUGUUUUGGUGUGUAUUUUGUCUUGUGUCUUAUGUUGUUUCGUUUGAAGCACUUCCUAGGGAUGCGUAUUAGUGUGGGGAAUCACUGCAUCGGACGGGGUUUGGGCUCACAGCAUUCUGCAACUGCACUUUAUAUGUUAUUUUGCGUAGUUAGUACGAAUCAAGUCGUGCAAAUCAAAUCAAAUACAUGUGCUUUGUUUAUUUUUGCUUCGACAAAAAUAAUACUGUAACUUGUGGCACAAUAUGCAGUAACUCACUGAGAUUCAUUUCUAUAAUUUUUUUUUUAAUAAAGGAAUAUUUUCUUAUAAGUGGGAGAGCUUGGAAAUGUGUACUGUAUUGUACGAUGUAAUUUUGCUGAAUGUGUGAUUUUAAAAAUAAAAAUUUUACCUACUA